GGAAAAGUUUGGUAUAUCCGAAUAUUUUCUGACCAUUGCCUUUGAGCUCUGCCCAGGCUCGCCCAAUCUUCUGGACACUCUAGCUGGAGGGUUGCCCACACUUCGAAAAAUCCUGGAUACGCCAUUGAUUUCCCCUAUUCGAUUGCCAUUGUAAAAGCAUAUGUGUUCGUAUUAAAAGUAUUCAGUUUAGAAAUAUUGUUUUGUUGAAGUAUAAAAUAAAGUGCUUUUUGAAUUUUUUUUUAGGCUUUUGGAUUAUUUUUCAAUGUGUAAAAAAUUUCCGACUUUUACAUGAGAAUAGACUGGAAUGACAGAUUUUCUUUACUCACUGAAGUAGUUUUCCUUUAUGUUUUGAGAUUUUCUAAUGGAAAGAUGUGAUCUAAUGAAAAUUAGCGUGGUCUAGAACUUAAGUUCCACACAUCUGUCCGUUAUUCAUAAUCCAGAAUAUCCAGUUCUAGAGUUUGCAGAAAAGCCGAUGCUACAUCAGAAUGACGAAAGAUGGAAAGUAGAUGAUUUUAUUUUUGUCCAAAAGUGCAAGUUUUUCGAUAAAAUAUCCAUUUUUCAGAGCUCUUUCUAGUCAUCCGCUUGAGGAACAAAUGUUCCAACUCAGUUUUUUUUUAAACGAAAAGUGGUGCUCUACGUUAAUCGUAGUUGUCAACGAUCUGCUUUUUCCCAGAACGGUCUCGGACUGAUCUGAUCUAGUGCUAGUCCAACCAAUCACAUCGGCAUGAAUCCAAGCUAGUCUUUUCUAGGACGAUAAAACACAUUAUAAAAAACCUACAAUACUGGUAGGCAUACUGACUCAUUACAUGUUUCAAAUAACGAAGAUGAAUUUUUUUGACUUUGCGCAGAAAACGAAUCUAAACGAUCAUUAUUAGCAUGUAAAAUAAGUUUUAAAGUAAUUUUACUCAUAAGAAAAACAUUGACCUCAAUAGAAGUCCAUCGUUCAAAUUUCGAGUUGACGGAUAAAAUAAAAUGUCAACUGAUCUUUUAUUACGAGGGGGUUUAAACGAUUAUUCGAUCUGAAAUAAAACCAUCUUUUAUUAUUGAAUCUACAAUAGUGGUUAUCUAUUUCGCAUAAUGUUGAAUUCAGUAUGAUUGAUUUAUAGUUUAUCGAUUCAGAAUACAAGUGUUAAUAAAUCUAUUAUAGGAUUCUGAAACAAUCAAAAACUCAAAACCGCCUUUCCUACAACUAAAAUCAAGACUCGAAUAUGUAAACUUUAAAGUAAUCUUUAUAGGUUUUCGAAAUUUACUGCUGUCUGAUGAAUUUGAUAUAAUGAAACCAUCGUGCUUAUCUAGUCCUUAUCAAGAUAUGACAAAACCCUUAACGCAUUAUUAUAUAAACACAUCUCAUAACACAUAUUUAUUUAAGAAUCAGGUAAUGGGUGAAAGCAGUGCAGAAGCUUAUAAUCGAGUUUUAUUAAAAGGUGGACGAGCUGUAGAACUUGAUUGUUAUGAUGGACCAGACGGACAACCGAUUGUCUAUCAUGGAUUUACACUUGUUAAAGCUAUUACUUUUGAGGCAAUUAUUACCGCGAUGAAACCGAACUUAUUUGUCGUAUCUCCGUAA